AUGGCAGAUUGUACUCCUCACACUCAUCCCGUCCUUGAUAGCCGUCAGCCUCGCGGCAUACUGCGUACACCAGCGGAUCCGCCUGCAUCGACUCUACAAGGAAAAAAGAAGACACACCCGCUCCUGCGGGAACGCGAGUUUGCCAAGAUGAGCAAGCUGACGCGGGCUGCACGGCGCGACACCGAAGAAAUGGAGCGGUCCAUUAUGAUCCAAAAGUCGCUCGCCAGCCGGUCGUCUCUGGUGAGCACUACGUGUGGCAGUGGAGCCGGCGACCAAGGAUCUAUACGAAGCGUGCCAAAGACAUUUUCAAGCAGUGAAAGGUCGUCACUACGUAAUGUCGAUCAUCUUGCCAUCACAAUCGAGCACCACUCCCUCCACUCGACGGGUGACUUUUUCGCAUUCGAGAAUCAGCAGCAGCAGCCAGACAACAGACCGCGGACCGCGGGCUCACGAGGUCUCGGUCCCGUCCCGCCAUCGCCGUUGUCGCAGGUCAUGGUGUCACCCAUUCUGGAUUCGAUACCGGUCUCGCCGUUGGUCCCUGCUUCCUUCGCAUCGCCGCUCCCCCAGGCCCGCAGAGUGUCCUCGUCGGGAUCCGCGAGGCCAGCCUCCAAGUCUGUAGGAUCGCAGGAAGCUGCUGCGGUCAACACCACUGGGUCGCGGAGAGCCUCCUUACCAACCCGACCGAAGCUGCACUGUGGCGUCCUUGUCCAGAGAAUCGUGGAUGAUGGUGUAUUCACCAUUAAUCCAACCACACUUGGCUCCUGCGUUCACUUCCGCGUACCCACCGGCUACCCUGCCAAACCACAACGCAGAGUGGAUGAGUCAGCUCUGGAGACUUCUCUCCAUUCUACAAGGUUCUGCCUGGAGCCUCGAUAUUCGGCAUCAACUUCAUCCCUUCUACGUCAGCAAAGUGUUCGUCGCUCGUUGCCCGUGCCAGCUCGUUCCUUCGUCCCCAGCGCUACCACCUCGCGGCGGUGCAUUCGCGGUUUCUCAGAGUUGUCACUGUCGCCCAGUCAGCACCACUGUCGCCCUCACGGUCUUCGCACACGAAGUCGCCACCGCCGCCCGUUUGUCGAUUGGUAUCACAGCUUCAGCCGAGCCCUCUCCGCCAUGGCGACCUUCCCGGACGAUGUGCUCGCCUCGAUGAAGCCUCCCGGCAUGGCUGAUGCCGGCGCCGAGGACAGCUACAAGGAGAAUCUCAACACGCACAUGAUGUGUCCCGACUGCCGCGAGUUUCCUCCCAACCUCAUCGAAGAGUUUUCGUCUGGCGACAUGGUCUGCGCCUCGUGCGGCCUGGUGCUCGGCGACCGGAUCAUCGACACGCGCAGCGAGUGGCGAACCUUUGCCAACGACGAUCAAGGCAACGACGAUCCGUCUCGUGUCGGUGAUGCCAUGAACCCGUUGCUCAACGGCUCGCAGCUCGAGACAGGCAUCGCGUUCGGCGAGGGCAUGCGCUCGCGAGAGCUACACCGCGCGCAGAACCGGUUACAGAAUGACAAGGCCACAAAGGGACUGCUCUCUGCAUACCGCGAGAUCUCCCAGCUGUGCGACGCAAUCAACAUCUCCAAGACCGUGCAGGACUCCGCCAAGCACAUCUUCAAGCUGACAGACGAUGCCAAGCUCUUCAAGGGCAAGCCGCAAGACGCCGUCAUUGCCGGCUGCAUUUUCAUCGCCUGCCGGCAGGCGGAUGUGCCGCGGACGUUUAGAGAGAUAUUUGCCCUCACAAAGGUGUCCAAGAAGGAGAUUGGCAGAACAUUCAAAGCCCUCGAGAAAUUCCUGCAGAGCAACCAAGAGGCGAACACGAGCCGGUCGCUGCUGCACUCCCUCAAGAGCGACAACACGACCUCGACGAGUGCGCCACAGCUCUGUGCUCGGUACUGCAGUGGCCUCAACUUCAACAAUCCUCACCUUAUGGAGAAGAUCUCGAAGCAAUUGGCGGAGAAGAGCUCGUCGGUCAAGGAUCUGGCAGGUCGUUCGCCUCUGUCCGUUGCCGCGGCUUGUAUCUACAUGACUUCACACCUCAUGGGCGAGCCUCGAUCGUCCAAGGACAUUGCCACUGUUGCUGGUGUUAGUGACGGCACAAUCAAGACCGCUUACCGCUUCCUAUACCAGGCCCGUGAGAGACUGGUGGAAGCGAGCUGGAAAGGCGCCGACAUCGAUAAACUGCCCACUAACUAG